UUUUUUUCCCUCAGCAAAGUUUCUGUCUGAGAAAUACAAGUUCGCCCAGCAAAACAAAAACAACUUUUAAAGGUUGCUCUCUGUGGAAAUCUCUCCGUGCCCCAUUACCUGCUUGAGUGAAACCAGACUAAGAACCUCUGUCAUGGCAGCUUUUCUGCUGGGAGCCGUGUUGCUUAUUGUUCAACCUCAUAUAGUGCCUUCCAGACCGGCUGUAAAUUCAAAGGCUGAGACGUCUUCUCAGUCUGUUCCGAGAGAGCUUCUAAAGAAAACAUCUCAAAAAAAUGACUUCAAGGAAAGCAUUCAUUCUAAUGGAUCAUGCCAGCAGCUGCCACAGACUAUUAUUAUUGGAGUGAGGAAAGGGGGAACCAGAGCGUUGCUGGAGAUGCUGAGCCUCCAUCCAGAUAUCGCGGCAGCAGAAAGUGAAGUUCACUUCUUUGACUGGGAAGAUCAUUAUGGAAACGGAUUGCAGUGGUAUAUUAAUCAAAUGCCAUUCUCCUACCCCCAUCAGAUCACCGUGGAAAAAACUCCAGCAUAUUUCACAUCACCGAAAGUGCCUGAAAGAGUUUAUAACAUGAACCAAUCAAUGAGAUUACUCCUGAUUUUAAGAGACCCAAGCGAGAGAGUACUAUCAGAUUACACCCAAGUGUUCUAUAAUCACAUGCAGAAGCACAAGCCGUACCCCUCCAUUGAACAAUUCCUCAUUAAAGAUGGUGAACUCAAUGUGGACUACAAGGCAAUAAACAGAAGCUUGUAUUACAUUCACAUGCAAAACUGGUUGAAGUAUUUUCCUCUUGAUCGCAUCCACAUUGUAGAUGGGGAUAAACUAAUCAAAGAUCCCUUUCCAGAAAUAGAGAAAGUAGAGCGAUUUUUGAAGCUAUCACCACAGAUAAAUGCUUCAAACUUUUAUUUCAAUAAAACUAAAGGCUUCUAUUGCCUAAGGGACAGUGGUAGGGAACGCUGUUUACACGAGUCAAAAGGACGAGCACACCCACAGGUAGAUACCCGCUUACUUGAGAAACUGCAUGCCUAUUUCCAUGAACCCAACAAGAAAUUUUUUGAGCUUGUUGGCAGAACAUUUGACUGGCAUUCAUUUGUGGCAAGUUAGUGGUAAGCUUCAGAACCUAUGUUCCAGUGUACAUUUAGAAAUUUUGAAAAGGGCAUUUAAGCUAUAAUUUAUUUGUAAAAUCCAUAAAUACUUCUGUACAGUAUUAGAUUCACAAUUGCCAUAUAUACUAGUUAUAUUUUUCUACUUGUUAAAUUUGAAAGCAUUUUGUAUUGUUUUUCAUGUUGUUAACAUUGUGUAUUAUGUGUCUAUAUGAAGAAACUAAAAUAUUUCACUGCAGAA